AUGAUGUCCGCGGGCGUUGGAAACGUAGCCGCCGUGCACGCCGCCCAGGACGACGACAAGACGCUGGACGCCGGGCCCGGCGACGAGCCUGCCUCGUCCACGUCGGAGCGGCUCGACAGGAGGCAGGUCAUCGCCGACGCCGCCAAGCGAUCGCAGAUGCAGGGCGUGUGGAAGUACCAGGUCGCGGUGUACGACUUUUAUCACGAUGUCGGCCGCAAGCAGAGCUACGUUCAGGUAUCCGUUGCGCUCCUCAUUUUUACGAACUUCAUCUGCCAGGUCAUACAACGGCAGGUGGACCCGGCGUAUACCCACUCAGACGACAUGUCCAACAAGACUACGUGGGUUACCAUCGACACGAUUUUCAACGUUCUCUUCCUGAUAGAGCUCCUGAUCAAUAUGUACGGGAGCUGGAUGUGGCCAUUCCUCUCGCAGGGCUGGAACCUUUUCGAUUUGUUCGUCGUAUCGAUCGGUGUCAUAGACCUCCUGUCGCUGAUGUUCGACUUCUCAUACCCGCCCCAGCUGAAGACGCUUCGCCUUUUCCGCGCUUUUAGGGUGUUCCGCCUGUUCGGCCGGGUCGAGUCUUUGAGGAAAAUCUUAGAUACGAUUUGGAAGGCGGUGCCAGGAGUGAUCAACGCCUUCAUCCUGCUGCUGAUCGUGAUGUCCAUCUAUUCCGUCCUCGCCGUGGACGCCUUCGGAGGUCUGUACCAGGAGGCCUGCGCACUGCCGAACCCGCCCCCUGGAGCGCUGACGGGCCGCCAGGAAUGCUACGGGGCGGAGUACUACGGGUGCUUCACCGCGGCGCUGUACACCCUCUUCCAGAUCCUCACGGGCGAGUCGUGGCCGGCGUUCGCCCCAUCCUCCACUACUUCCAGGUCAAGAACUCCGAAUGCCGAGGACAACAGGGGCGACAUGUCCACGUUCGGGGUGUCCGUGUUCUUCGUCUCGUUCAUCCUGAUCAACUCGUUCGUCAUCCUGAACGUCGUGGUGGCGGUCCUCCUCGACGGGAUGAGCUCGUCGGAUCCGCCGCCCGCGGACGACGCGGGCGAGGCUGCGAGCCCCGGGGGCGCAGAGGCCGAGCCCGCCGCCAAGCGCGGGGACCCGAGGCCCAAGUACGCAAAGGACUUGGAGAACAGCAUGCAGGAGCUCAACAAGGAGGUCGCCGACCUGAAGAGCAAAAUAGACACCCUGCUCCAGUCACCGCCUUCCUGCGCUGCUUGCGGGAUCGCCUUCAAGCUGAUCGCCCUGCACCUCGUGAAGGGCGAACAGCAUCCGCCAGAGCACAGCCAGAACAAGGACGACAUCAAGAAUACCCAAGAUCGGGGAACGGCCGAGCCAAGGGCGGGCUCCGUGGCCCAGCGGCCCAGAACGGACGAGGCCAGAGAUGCCCACGGGGUAGGCGACUACUUCUCCGCCAAAUGGUACGGCUACCUGCUGCCGAAAGCUUCAGGCAUCCACAACCUGCGCAUCGAGGCAGACUCCGGGGUCCGGCUCCUGGUGGGCGAGUCGUGGGUCGUCGACGAGCUCGGCUCCAGCAUCGCUGUGGGUGCCUCGGCGCAGGUCUCACUCACCGAGCAUGAGCCCAUUCGCGUCCAGAUCGAGUACGUGCACCAGGCCUCCGCCUCUUACGUGCGCCUCUACUGGUCGUCCACUGCUUUCGAGGAGCACGGCGGGUACCUCCUGUACCCGCUCAACGUGCUCGGCGCAGGACACACCACCACCUUGGUCUCGCCGGACGAGGCCGCGGAAUACUCCACCACGAGCGGGGAUGCCGUCAGCACGUCGACGUCUGGCCUGGAGAACGUGUUCGUGCUCCACACUCGGGACGCGUACGACAACGCGCGAGCCACAGACACGACCGCCUCCCUCUCUGGCUACAUCGACUCUGUGCCCCCUGUUUACCUGGAGUUCGCUCACUGGACUGGGGGCGACUACUACGUCACCGUGGUGCCGAACGCCACGGGUACCUACAACAUGUACGUGCUGGUGGACGGAGAGGACCUGAUAUCGUGGGCUCCCCCUUCGCGCACACAGUGA